CAAAAUUUAGCCAACAAUUUGUGUUAGUGUAAUUAAUAAAUAAAGAAUGAAACAAAAAAUAAAUAAAUUACUAUUUAUAAGCUGUGUUAAAAGGGUUUUUUCUUAAAUUAAAAAUCUAAUAAAAAAAAGUAAAUAAUUUAAUUUAACUGAAAAUUGUUUAAUUAAAUUCAAAAUACAAAAACAUCGUGCUAAAAUAUCAUCUACCAGCCCGAAAAACAAAAGGAAGACAACAUUUUUUAUUCGUGUCAAUAAAAAAUAAUUAAUAAUAAUUGUGUUUCAAAUACAUCAUCAUCAUCGAGUACAAAAUAUAAACUCUCGAAAUCGUUGAUAAACGGAUAUCUCUAUAUGUUUUGGCCGAGUUAAAGACAGAAUUUUUUAAAUUCAAUUGAAAAUAAAUUAAAAAGUAAAAGGGCUUUUGUGUUUUUGCUGUUUUGCUAUAAAUAAAACGCCACCCAAGAAAUUUGUACAUGUUGAGAAGACUAAAAAGACAAAGUGAAACCAAACCAGGCAUUUAUUGAAUUGUACAACCAACCCAGCGGUUUCUGCUUCUAUUAUUUAUUUAUCAAUUAAUAAAUAAAUAAAUUACAAAACAAAUAUUCAAAUAAAUAACUAACUAACUAAAUAAAUAUGGUGAAUAUAACGGAUAGCGGUGGCAAACAUGCCCCUCAAGAAAUGGAACAAUUCAUACCCGGCGACGGUUUAAGCGGUAAUACAAAAUAUAAAAUUCAACCUCGCAAAGAUGCUGAACAUGCUUUAACUCAAUCUGAUUUUGAUCCUUUUGUGGCCCGUCAAAAUGAACAUCCCACAACAGAUAAUGAAACCUUAACGCAUUUGCUGAAGGCCUCUCUAGGCACUGGUAUUCUUUCCAUGCCCAUUGCUUUUAUGUACUCCGGUAUUAUUAUGGGUAUAUUCGCUACAAUUAUUACCGCCAUCGUCUGUACACACUGCAGUUAUGUAUUGGUGAAAUGUGGUCAUAAAUUGUAUUACAAAACGAGGCGUACAAAAAUGAGUUUUGCCGAAAUUGCUGAAGUUGCAUUUGAAAAUGGUCCCAAAUGGUGUCGCGGUUUUGCACCCGUUGCAAAAUUCUCCAUAUUAUUUGGUCUGUUCCUCACAUACUUCGGUACAUGUUCCGUAUACACUGUAAUUGUAGCAAAGAACUUUGAACAGGUUAUGGAACAUUGGUUGGGCUAUGAAGUCUCUUUGCGUUUACUCAUUACCUGCUUGCUCAUCCCACUCAUCUUGUUGUCGUGGAUACCAAAUCUGAAAUAUCUUGCACCAGUUUCCAUGAUUGCCAAUCUAUUUAUGGGCUUGGGUUUGGGCAUUACUUUCUAUUAUCUCGUUCAGGAUUUGCCCCCAAUUGAGACGAGAGAUUUUGUACAUGUUUCCACACUGCCAGCCUUCUUCUCCAUUACCAUUUUUGCCAUGGAAGCCAUUGGUGUUGUUAUGCCGUUGGAGAACAAUAUGGAAAAUCCACGUCACUUUUUGGGCAUUUGUGGUGUACUGUCGCAGGGUAUGUCUGGCGUAACAUUGAUCUAUAUGUUUUUGGGUUUCUUGGGCUAUUUGCGUUACGGUAAUGAUACUGAAGAAAGUAUAACCUUGAAUUUGCCUGUAGAUGAAUGGCCUGCCCAAGCUGUUAAAGUGUUGAUCGCUUUAGCUGUUUUCUGUACCUUUGGUCUUCAGUUCUACGUGUGCUUGGAAAUUGUUUGGGAUUCCAUCAAAGAGAAGUGUACAAAACGUCCAACACUUGUUAACUAUGUAUUAAGAACUGUUUUGGUUACCGCUGCCGUCGUUUUAGCCAUUUCAGUGCCUACAAUUGCUCCGUUUAUGGGUCUUAUUGGUGCCUUCUGCUUUUCCAUUCUUGGCUUGAUAUUCCCCGUCUUUAUUGAAUUGGUUACCCAUUGGGAUACCGGUUUUGGUGCCUACAACUGGAUUGUAUGGAAGAAUGUUGUCAUAACUAUUUGCGGUGUGACCGCCUUAGUAUUUGGCUCGAUGAGCGCCAUAGAGGAUAUCGUUGGUUUGUACACCACAAAAACAUAAGAGAACUACUAAAAGAAUACAAAAUACAAACAAUAAUUUAAGAAAAUUAUUAUUUUAGCUUAAGUUUAAACCAACAAUUCGUAGUAUUUUUGUGCAAAUUAAAUUAAAUUGAAUUAAUUGAACAACACCAUACGAAUAAGUAUAAAAUUUUGUAAUUUUAAAAGACACUUUGUUCUCUUAAAAAAAAAAUAGGAAAGAAAGAAAAAAACACAUUUUAUAUAAAAUACUACUCUAUUAAUUUUGGAAUUUGUGUCGUUUUGUAUUUUAACAACACAAAGAGUAUAGAGUAUUAAAUUCUAACUAUUGUUAGAAAUUUAAUGGAAAACAAAAUUUGAAACAAUUUACAAUUUAAACUUAAAUUAAAUGAAAUGAAAUUAACAGAAUUUGCACGCUUUAUAUAUAUAUUUAAAUUCUAAACUAAAAACUGAAACAAGUUUAAAAAUAAAAAUGAAACAGUGCCUUUAUUUUUUCAUAUAAAAAUCUGUUUCUCUACAACUGUUUAUUAGAAAAACAUAAAUCGUAUACAUUUAUUGUUUAAAAAAACAGAUUUCCAAAACAUAUUUUUUAUAUAAAUUUUGUGAAAUCCAAAGACAGUUUAAAAAAAGUAGUUUAGUUUAAACAAAUAUAUAAAAAAAAAAAUUAAAAACAACAAAAUAUUGCAUGAGUUAAACAAAAUUCAACAACAAAAUCAUGCAUUUAGAAAGAUUUUUUUUUUAAGUAUCCAAAAAAUACUUUAUACAGCUCAGAUCAGGUCUAUUAUAUUUAAUUAUCUACAAUAAUAAAGCAAGAUUUAUUUAUAAUGUUUAUUAUUUUUUUGUUUUGUUUUUCUUAACUUUUAAUUAUUUUUUUUGUAUAAAUACAUGCAUGCAUAUUUUAUAUUUAAUAUUUUUUUGUUUUUAAGCUACAUAAAUCUCAUUAUGAUUUUUAAAAUCUUGCUUUGUCAUAAUCUUAAAAUAAGAAAACACAAUUUUCUGUAAUUCAUGUAAUUUGUUUUUCAAAAUUUCAAAUAUUUAAAAAAAAGAAUAUGCAAUAUAAAUUUUACAUUAGCAAUGGAAAGUUGUGUUUUUAUGUUAAGAGUAUUAAUUUAAUUUAAAUUAUUAAAUUCUUUUGUAAACAAUAGUUAAACAAAUUCAUGUAAUCAUUAGUACUCAAUUCAAUUCAAAACAAAGAAAAAAAUAUAAAAUUUUUUUUAUUUUUACACAAAACAAAA